AUGAAGAGGAACACGGACAGAGCUCCAAAGAAGCAGCUGAACCAGGAGGAUGGCAGUGGACUGGGCCAGGGUCCAGACAAUGGGCUACUGGUCACACACAUUAACCAGACGCAGGACUUACUGGGAGGUGGCUGUGGCUGGGUGACAGAGCUGACCUCGGGUGACGACUCUUUCUGGUGUUUUGACAGAAUGAUUGGGCUCUAUCAGCAGAGAAUCCAGUGGCUCUCGGAAAAUAGCAGAAAGGCGUUCGGCCUCAUCAAGGGGGCCCGCGUGGGCCUCCUCAUCGACGCGUCCGCCCUGGGCGGGGGCCCCCGGGGAGAAGCCUUCCAGCGCGACCUCACGAGCCUCAUUGAUGAGCAGCUGAGCCACAAGGAGAAGCUGUUCGUCCUGACCUUCGGCACCACCACCAGCGCCCUCUGGCCAGACCCCGUGGACGUCAGCGCCUCCAGCCUCCAGGAGCUCAGACUCUGGGUAAGGAAGCCGCAGCCGGAAGGAGGCAGCAAUCUGCUCCAAGCCCUGAGGAAAGCCUGCGCUCUCAAGGGGCUGACUUCUCUGGUGACCAUACUGGGAAGCUGCCCAGACCAGCCUCCUGAAAUCCUGUCUGACUACAUCCAACAGGCCACCCUGGGCAGGGGCCUCCACACCCACCUUGUCACCUACCAGUGCGAGGACCGGGUGCCCCCCGCUGUCCUGAAGAACCUCGCGGAAGCUGUUGGGGGCCACUACCACUGCUACACCCCAGAGUCGGAGAUCUGUGCCAGCCCCGACAUCGAGGAGCUGCUGGCGGAAAUGCAGAAGGCCCAGAGCCUCCUGAGCCACGUCCACGCCCUGCACCAGAGCGCCGCUUGCCCGGAGCUCAGCGGCCUGAUGAAGGAGAUUUCCACAGAGAUUGCCAAAGGGCCACUCAGAGAUCUCCUGCCUAAACCCCCAAAGCACGAAGCUCCCCUCACAAUUGAGUUCCCAAACUUGGACAAGACUUCUGCAGAAUGGCUCAAGGUCAAUGGCCUAAGAGCCAAGAAGCUGAGCCUUUACCAGGUCCUGGCGCCCAACGCGUUCGCUCCCAUUGAGGAAUUUGUGCCUAUUCUCCAGAAAACGGUGUCGUCAACUAUCCAUGAGAAGGCAAUGGUACAGCUUCAGUGGCACGACGGGACGGUGAGGAAUGUCCACGUGGACCUGCCCUUCCUCUAUGAGUACCAGAAACAGCUCAGCAGAGCCAUGCGGACGUAUGAGAGGCGGAUUGAGUGGCUCUCACUGGCCAGCAGGAGGAUCUGGGGCACCGUCUGCGAAAAAAGGCUGGUUGUACUGCUCGACCUCUCCGCGGCCAGUUCCACGUACAUUAUUCAUAUCCAGCACUCCCUGCGGCUCCUGCUGGAGGAGCAGCUGUCCAACAAGGAUGCCUUCAACGUCAUCGCGUUUGGGAGCACCGUCGAAAGCUGGAGGCCCGAGAUGGUGUCCAUGAGCCACGACAACUUACAAAGCGCCUGGCAGUGGGCCCUGACCCUGCAGUGUCGCGGCAGCAGGAAUGUCCUCAGCGCCCUGCGCAAGGCGGUGGAAGUGGACUUCAAGGACAAAGACAGACAACAGUCGCAGGGCAUCUACCUCUUCACAGGGGGCAUCCCCGACCAGGACAUGCCCACGCUCAGCGCCUACAUGGCUGAGGCCUGCGGGGGCUGCGACCUCCAGCUGAACGUGUGUCUUUUCUACGUGGGGGAGCCGCCGAUGGACACCACCCCACCUGCCUGCUACGCCAGCCGCACCGACACGGCCGCUGCCUACCGCGAGGUCACCCGGGCUGCUGGUGGCCGUUUCCACUGGUUUGGAGACACAGGCAUUUAUGAAAGUGACGACAUCAAUGCCAUCGUGUCUGAGAUGGAAAAGGCUCUCAACUACUCGCAAAAGUGUGCCCUCCUAGUGUCCUCCCUGAAGAACCAGUCCAGAAAAGACCUGGAGAGGGCAGCCCUCUUGAAAGAAAAGCCAAAGAUGCUCAAGCAAAGAAGCCAGCCUAAGAGACUCUAUCCUUCCGAGCCCACAGCCCCCUCGGCGGCCAGAAUGAGCAUCAGAGUUGGCCCUGCCAGAGAGAGCAGCCCCCCCGCGAAAGCUGUGACGUGGCGUCCGCUCAGUGGCAAGGCGGGCAUCCCACCAGCUGCAGCCCCGUCAGCCAAGGAGGAGCCUGGAGCCGGGAGGAGGAAGACCCACACGAGGGAAGCAGAGGCCGGAAGUAGCGAGGACUCGGUGUACAGAAAGCACCCUCAGGGAAGGGGCGCAAGGAGGACUGGCUCUUCUCUGGAGUUGCCCAGAAAGGACGCAAUCUGCUCAAGCCACGAGGUUAGGAGCCGCCGACUGUUCGGCACCAUUUUGGAGAAGAGAGUGUGCAUCCUGCUGGACACCUCGGGGUCCAUGGGCCCCGACCUGCCGCAGGUGAAGACAGAGCUGAUUCUGCUGAUCUGGGAGCAGCUGAGAAAGCACUGUGACAGGGCGGAGGGUAACUUCCUGAGGAACCUGGCCUCCCUCACUGGGGGGCGCUAUCACUGCCUUGUUGGUGAGGACCUGGUCUCCCACAUUCACCGCCUGCUCAAGAGCUUCCUGCAUGACCAGGGCUCCGUGCUGCCACUGUUUGAAGGGGAUGACUUAAGGAGACUGGCCCAGGAGGUCACCGCGGCUAGGAGCCUCCUCUGGCAAGCCCAGUCACUCAGGUCCCAGCUCCAGAAGAAAAACUAUGCGGAACCUAAGGUCGCUCUUUCUAGAAAACCCUUCUCGGAGCACAGCUCCAGUGGCAUCCGCUUCACUCUGAAGAUGUCCCUGGGACCCAGCAGGACUUGGGAGCCUCCAGCCUUCCUCCCGUAG